UGAAAAUUUGUAACUAUUGCAGAAGCAGAGGUACCCAAAGCUGUUUUGGGUAUCAGCAAUGGGUCCAAUGGUGGUCGUCAUUGUGGGUUGUGUAGUUGCUUUUCUGGUAAAAGGAACAGCACAUGGGAUCCAAACUGUUGGGCCUUUAAAGAAAGGACUAAACCCUCCUUCUAUUCAACAUUUGAACUUUGAAUCCAAGUAUCUAGGGAUGGUUUUAAAGGCCGGGAUCGUCACUGGCCUCAUCGCUCUCGCCGAAGGGAUAGCAAUCGGAAGAAGCUUUGCUGUAAUGAAGAACGAACAAACUGACGGGAACAAAGAGAUGAUAGCAUUUGGUCUUAUGAACGUAGUUGGCUCCUUUACUUCUUGCUAUCUGACAACAGGGCCAUUUUCAAAGACGGCAGUUAACUACAACGCUGGGACAAAGACACCAAUGUCUAAUGUAGUGAUGGGCAUUUGCAUGAUGCUUGUGCUUCUCUUCCUAGCGCCUCUAUUCAGUUACACACCACUGGUUGGUCUUUCAGCUAUCAUUAUGUCAGCCAUGUUGGGACUCAUCAACUACGAGGAGAUGUACCAUCUCUACAAGGUUGACAAGUUUGAUUUUGUCGUCUGCAUGUCCGCUUUUUUCGGUGUUUCCUUCAUUAGUAUGGACUACGGUCUCAUCAUCUCCGUUGGGUUUUCUAUCCUAAGAGCCUUGUUGUACGUUGCAAGGCCCUCGACUUGUAAAUUAGGAAGAAUACCGAACUCGGUUAUGUUUCGAGACAUAGAACAGUACCCAACCUCCGAGGAGAUGCUUGGUUGUGUCAUUCUUCAAUUGGGUUCUCCUAUCUUUUUUGCCAACAGCACUUACAUCCGCGAACGGAUUUUGAGGUGGAUUCGUGAUGAACCUGAAGCCGUCGAGUUUCUUCUCCUUGAUCUCUCUGGAGUUUCAACCAUCGACGUGACAGGGAUGGAAACACUACUUGAAGUUCAAAGAAUCCUUGGAGCAAAAGACAUCAAGAUGGUGCUAAUAAACCCAAGAUUUGAAGUCUUAGAAAAGAUGAUGCUAUCGCAUUUUGUGGAGAAGAUAGGAAAGGAGUAUGUGUACUUAUCCAUUGACGAUGCAGUCCAAGCAUGCCGAUUUAAUCUUUCCACGGCCAAACCCGAACCGUGACGUCCUAGCUAGCGGAAUCUAAUUAGAAGCUUCUAAUAAAAUGCUUAUCUUUUUCCUUUUCUUUUUCUGUUGGGUCAAUGGAGUAUAAUAUGCGUACCUCUUGAGUAAUUAGUGGACUAAAAAUCAUGAAAUGGUUUUGAUAUGACCAUUAUAAGUGCUUCAUGGCUAUGAGUUGUAACCGAGAGAUAGAGAAAGAAAUGUGUAAUGGAGAAAUUUCAGUCUU